CCGGGGGUGCGCGGCGCGGGGGCACUAGUGCGCACCGUCGCUGUUCCGCUGGGGCCGGAGCGCAGUGUCCGGUUCCGCGUUGCCGGCGGGGUGGGCCGGCGCGGCGGCACUCUCGUUCACCUGCUCGGUCAUGGCCGGUCCUGCGCCGCUGCUGGGCUGGUGCGUGCGGCACCUGCGCGGGGACUUCGGGCUGGACGUGGGCGAGGACCUGGUGAGGUACAUGUUGUCCAUAAGGAGCGAGGAGGAAAUACGGGAGUAUAUCGUCGACCUCCUCCAGGGCACCGAUGGGAAGAAGAGCCAGUUUGUGGAAGAGCUGCUGGCCAGGUGGCAGAAAUCAUCCCAGCUACCAGCUGAGCCUCUGCCAGGGUAUCGGAAAAAGGAUGAGACUCUGGAAGCACCUCGGGCCGGAGACCAAGCGAAGAAGGGUAAGCGCAAAGGAAGGAACAAGCAGGAGACACCAGUGUAUGCGGAGCCAAGCGCUCCUGUGGAGGAGGUGAAGACCCCACUGGACUUGGCCAAGGCACAGGAGAGCAGUAGCGGAGCCAGCAGCAGCGCCAGCUCCUUCAAGAAGAAGCCCAAGUAUGUUAGCCUGUACAGCAAGGAGGGGCAGGACAAGCUGGCCGUGCUCAUCCCUGGCCGCCACGCCUGUGAGUGCCUGGGCCAGAAGCACAAGCUCGUCAACAACUGCCUGGACUGCGGGCGCAUUGUCUGUGUGCAGGAGGGCUCCGGACCCUGCCUGUUCUGCGGCGCGCUGGGAGCUUCUGAGUGCAGCUUUCAUCCUGUGGAGAUCCCUGACCUCACCCACAGAACCAGGAGAGACAAAGCCAUGUGUUUCUCAGGAACUGCUUGUAAUAAAGGAGGAGCUUUCAGGAUUCUCCCUGGAGGAGGGAAGGUGUGCACUAAGGAAGAGCAGGACAUUCUUCAGCGGGACUCCAACAAGAGCCAGAAGCUGCUGAAGAAGCUCAUGGCAGGUGCUGAGAGUUCAGGGAAUUUGGAUGCCAUAAGCAAAGACUUGCUGCCUCAAGAAGAAGCCAGGUUAAAAGCAGGGCUGGAGAUGGCCGUGAAACACAAAGACAAGUUGUUGGAGUUCGACAGAACGAGCGUGCGUCGGACUCAGGUCAUUGAUGAUGAGUCGGAUUACUUUGCCACGGACUCCAACCAGUGGCUUUCCAAGCAGGAGAGGGAGGCGCUCCAGAAGAGGGAGCAGGAGCUGCGGGAGCUGCGGCAUGCCUCUCGGCUUACCAGAAAAAUCACGAUCGACUUCACUGGCCGGCAGAUCCUGGAGGAGGACAGCGCUAUGGCUGAGUACCACAGCAAGCUGGAUGAAACCAUCAAGGCCAUUAACAGUGGCACGCUGAGCCAGCCAGCUGUGAGCCCAGAAGCAAAGACAGCUCUGACUUCCAGUGGUUUAGUGAAUCCCUGCCUCCUUCAGCCUGCUCCUGUGUGGGUAGACCAGACUGGGUUGCUGCCGCACAGGAGAGCCACCCAUUCCUUGGACACUGGAAAUGAGCCUGGCUCGGAGCGGAACAGGCUGCGGAUUCAGGAUCGAGAAUUGCAGGAGAUCUCGGAUGACGGUUGGUGCCUCAGUAUGCACCAGCCCUGGGCGUCCUUGCUUGUGAGAGGAAUCAAAAGGGUGGAGGGCAGGACCUGGUACACGUCCCACAGAGGGCGGUUAUGGAUUGCAGCUACAGCUAAGCGGCCUUCCCCGCAGGAAAUCUCUGAGCUGGAGGCCGCCUACCGAAUGCUACUCCAGAAAGGCAUGGAGUUCCCAAGCGAUUACCCCUCAGGGUGCCUCCUGGGCUGUGUGGACGUGACCGACUGUUUAUCGCAGGAGCAAUUUAAUGAGCAGUAUCCGGAUCUGAGCCAGGAGUCCAGCUCUCCCUUUGUCUUUAUCUGCACCAAUCCCCAGGAGAUGGUGGUGAAGUUUCCCAUCAAAGGAAAACACAAAUCUGUAAGUAGCAAAGUUUCCGUGGGUUCCCCCUUGGCCACUCAUGCCUGCUCUGCCCCCUGCUUUGUCUGCUGCUCUGCUUGCUGUUGCCGUAGGAAUGCGCAGCCUCUGCCCUGUGUACUUUGAUCCGUAGGCUCUUGGUUAUGAUUCAAAUACAUCUCUAAUGUUUCUUGUCUUUGGUUCCCCUUUCUGCAGAUGUUGCUUCCUUCCAAACAUGUCCCUUUUCCUGCCUCUGCAAAUGCUCCUAGGUCAGGGAAUGCUUGUGUCUGCAGCUGAUCCACCCCUGGCACCAGCCUGGGUUGGGUCGGAGCUAGUACAUGGGUCCGUGUGAGCUCCUUGCCUGCGGUUCUGAUUGUGAUGGUGAAAGCCUGAAGCAGCGAGAGCUGCAGGAAAUGUUCUUCAUCCGCUGGCCAGCAGGAUGGUAUGGCCUGGCAGAGCUCACAGGCAAGCGCUGCAGCAUCUGUCCGUGCUCUGCUUGCCAGCGUCAUUAGGCCCUUUUUAUGAGCCACCAGCCCCUCCACAGGCUGCCAGUUAUCCCUGCCCAUUGCCGUAAAAAGGAAGGAGGAGGGAUGCGGCAGCUGGGGAGCCCGCAGCCAGCUCCAUCCUUAUUAGCAGCCUCCCCACCACCCAGCCUGGGGAAGGAUCCUAACAUGCUUCCAGGGGAGGUGAAAGAUUAAUGUGAUGGGCUAAAAGCAGCAGAAGCAGGAAUGGUCUCGGCUGGUUGGUUCUCAGAGUUGGUUUCUCUUUCUUGUUUGCAGCCUGGUUCUCUGGGAGCAGUUAUCUGGCAGUGCGGGAGCAGCAGGAUUUCUCAGGCUGGUUCACAAGGGCUUCUGAAGGAUGACGUAGGGUUAUGGUUGUUGGUUGGGGAUUUUUCACCCCUCGUCUCUCCCUGGGCACUGGGGCUGUUCCUGCCUGUCAGGAAUUUGAGCAGGGUUUUGGUUUCUACUCUGCCUUUGAGGUGCAUUCAGCCGAUGACGACAAACGAUACUCAGGGAGCUUGCAGUGCUCAGAUCUCGCUAGUGGCACCAUCCUGCCCCAGGGAUGGCUCUUGCCCAGCGUAGGGCUGCACCAAGUUAUUUGGGAUGCAGAUGUUGGGUGGAACAGCCUCCUGUUUUCUCUUGUUUUCAGCUCUGCUUGCUCUUGAACAGGCUCUCUCACACCCCUCAUUGCCCCAGCUGCUGCUGUCCAGCUGUGGUUUGGAGCUGCUGGCGCUGCAGGGGAAGCUGCCUUGCGGUGGGAGUGUAGGGAGGCCGGCAUCUGUGCAUCUGCCUCACUGGGUGCAGGCGCUGCCAGUCCCCUUCCCAUCUGUCACACCACCUCUGCUGUGUUGUGACACUUUCCUGCUUGGAGAAGGAUCGCUCUAACAGCCUGGAAGGAAGUCGGCUGUGCUGGCGGCCGCCUGUGCUGCCCGCUCCUGCUGCCGGCCCUGCUGUUCCUGCCCUCCAUCCUGGCGGGAGCAGUCACCAGAGCAGGGGCAGGGGAGGCCACAGAGUGCACCUUCCACCCGCCGGAGGGGACGUUCUCCAUCUGGGUGAUGUUUGUGACAGCCUAGGAAGGAGCCCGGAAGGCUUUGACCUUUCCCUAGGAGAAGGUGCUGCUUUAAUUGGAGUUGGCAUCGCAUCUGAGGCUGUCAGCAGCUUCAUUCUCCGAGCUGGAAGUGGAGCAAAGGGGCAGGCACUGAAUCCUGUCCCCACCUGAGCUCCUCCGGCUGCCCCGGGUUCCUUGCAGCCUGGCUCAAGCCAUGACAAACUGCCAGUUUGUCUUGUUGGGAAGCCAGGCUGGAGCGUUUUUUCUAGCCAAGUAACAGCAUGGACCUUGCUGCGAUGACAUUCGAGUGCUUCUCCAUUGCAAGUGAGUUGUUUCUAGCAACCAGGGGAGGGGGGAAAGAAAAGGAACAUAGCUGGAUUUCUGCCAGGAUUGCUUGUGUGGAAGGAAGGGGCACAACAUUCAUAUCUUGUCUGGGAACGCGGCCGCCCCAUGCACAUGCCUGAGGACGGGGCUUGGUGGCAGUUCUCGUGGGAUAUUUCCUGGAAUCUGGGCAGAGCUUCCCUGAAGCCUCCAUCGAGCAUUGCUCAGCAACUUCCCUUCAGAGCUGAUGGCUGGAAGAGCACGGAGGAGCGGGCGCAGGGACAGGACAAGGCAAGAGGCUGUGAAUCAGGGAGUGGAAAGAGGACCCUUUAGCCUGUUCCUAAAAGUUCCCCUGGGGAUGUUUUAUCUUUGCCAGGGAGCCUCCUGAGCACUUUUAGGGCCCAGCAGGAGCAGGCAAGCACGUUAAAUAUGAAGAUGACAGUCCUGGAGAUGAUGUGGUGGUGGUGGUGGGGAACCAGAGCAUGGAGUGAGUGUGAACUUCCUGCCUUUCUCCUGCUAAAAAAUGACGCACCGCUCUGACAUGGCACUUCCAGGCAGUCUGGCUGUGCUGGCUUAACCUCAUAGGGUGCUCAUUGCUGUUUCCAGCCAUUGUAAGGAGGGGGCAGGGGAGGUGGGAAAAAGUCUUCUGCACAUGUUGGUGGAGAGAAUGCUGGAUCUCCCAGGCUUCGUAGGAGAGCAAUCUUCCAGACGGCUCCAGGCGAGAAAGCUAUCUGAAAACAAACGCUUUAAGCAAGAGCAUUGAGCCAUCGGCAGUGUCCGGUUCCAGCCAUCAUGCCUGGCUUUUGGCUUUUGCUGUAGGAGCUGCCCAAAUCCCAUGUAGCUGGUGUCCUACUCCUCUCCUGGGUGGGAAAGCGAGAGCAGCAGUGAAUGCAGCGAGGGCUGUGGAGAACAAGGAGAGGCAGUGUUUGCUCCGGAUCCUACCAGGAGCAGCUAGCUGCGGGAGCCCCGGCUCCCUGAGGGGCCUCGGGGGCUGCCAGCUUGGCAGAACAGAAACGGUUGGUCCCCAUCACAACUCUGUGCCCCACGGCAUCAUCGCCCCAGGCUAAGGGGUUAUCAUCCUCACACUGAGUUUUCUGUGGACAAACCUGUGCUUGACACGGUGCUUGCCAGUCCCCAUCCCCUUUGAACAUGUCGCAAGCAUCCUGCAAGCAAGUGCAGGGAUCGGCUUCCCCUGGCAGCAGCGGGCAAGUGCUGGAUGUUAAUUUACGCUCCUCCUCACUGCAUUUCCCUGUGCUGGUGUCUCUCUGCUGCGUCAGACACGCUUGCCCUCGGCUCCCCGGUGUUGUGCCUGCGGAGGGAAGCCACAGCGGCUGGCAACGCCUGGCUCCUCAAGCAGGAUAUUGGAUGUG